CAAUAAUAAACGUAAAUACAUAAUCCUAUUAGUAGAUGAUUUGUGCUUUCCUUAUGACAAAUAAUUCGUUUUUAUUCCAUCUAUAGAACUAUAUAUAUGGGAAACAAGUAUCACUGAACAGCUGUAGUUCAUCAUGUUGCACGCGUACGUUGUAUUCCUACUUGCUGCUAGCCACUGUGCUUAUGCAAUUAUGUCAACUGAUGUAAGUUUUCUUUUUUAUUUUUGAUCUAGUCCUAGAGCCUCAGUGAGUCAAGAUUCUAUUGCUAUAUUUUGCCGGAGUCCAAAUUGGCAAAUAUUCUCUUUGAUACAGUUUAUAGAAGCUCUUUCUGGUAUGCCUGGUCAAUAAUUUGUUGAAAAAUGCUUAUAUUAGUUAAAAACAGAAACAAAAGAUCAUUCUCCAGGAUUCAUGUCUAUUGUUUAUUAAACUUUACUUCACCAUUAUUUAGUAGAAUGCGAAAAUAUUUGAGCGAAACAAAACUUGCUUAAGAAAAUGUAUAUUUAAGAAGCUAUGUUCAAUGUGUUCUGUAAUUAUAGGACUACAGCGGGAAGUUAAAGGAUAUGAUGAAAAUGCUCCAUGACACCUGUAUAGUGAGGAGUAGUAUGGAUGAAUCAAAAGUUGCGGACAUGUCGGGCGGCAAAUUUCCAGAUGAUGCGACAAUGAAGAAAUAUAUCUCUUGUCUUUGGACUUCAACUGUAAUUACUGACAGUGGAUCCAUCGAUAUGGACAUGGUCAAUGAAAUGUGUCCACCCAAAAUAAAGGAAAAGGGACCUAAGAUUCUCCAAGAUUGUUUCGACAAAAAUGCAGGCGCACCAAAUUUGGAUGAUAAGCUAUAUUCUAUGACGAAAUGCAUGUACGAAACUAACUCAGAAGACUUCAUCAUAUUCUAGUCAACGCAAUGGGUACAAUGUGUAGCCUUAUGUUGAAUUAAUAUCCAGGUAACUGUAGUAACAUUUGAAUAAAAAAAUAUACAUUUGACAUACUGUUUCUGUUUUACUUGCCCGAAAGGUCACAUAAUGCGUAGUGACCAACUACUGGCAGAGUUAAAUUGAAGCUGAC